UACAUUCAUAUUAUGCUACUGCAAUAGCAGAGUUAGCCCCAAGAAUAAAAUCUAAGCUUACCUCAUUGAAGAAAAAACUUGUGACUUUGGAGGCCAAUCUCUUACUCGUCGAAUGACAAGAAGUUCCAUUGAUUGCGGUAGAGUGAAGCCGUGAAGCGGAAAAUUUUUGCGUCAGCUCCCGAGGUUUGCUUGCAUCACGCCGCCAAAAGACGCCAUGCAUUCAGUGGUCCACGAAAUAAUAUAAAAGCACUUGCCACUGCUUGCCGCCCAGUUGACAGAAAAAAGAAUGCGAGAUGCAUGGUAGUUAUUUCAAGCUGUUGCUAGUCCUGGGACUGCUGCUGUCCUACUCGGCGGCCAAAAAGAAAGGGUCAUCAUCCGAGGAGGAGGAAGAAGGUGGCGACAAAUUCGAAAAAAAGAAAUUUGGUGCCGAGGAACACAAGGGUGAGCACGGUCACAAGGAGCACAAGGAGUGGGAGGAGGACGAGAAGAAGCACCACGAGCUGGAGGAUCACGAACACCACCACGGCGACAAGGGGUCCAAGAAGAAAAAGCACUACGACGAGAAGCACGAGCACGGUGAAAAGCACGAGCACGGUGCCCACAAGAAGGGCGGAAAGCAUCAUCACAAAAAGAAGCACAAGAAGGGGCACAAGGAGCUGGAGUACCACAAAAAGUUCAACAAGGAUGAAUACAUUAAGGAAAAGAAGUUCUACGAUGACGAGCACAAGGGUGGCCAUCACAAGAAGUACGGAAAGGAGCACCACCAUCAUGCCGAAGAACACGGCGAGCAUAAGAAGGGUGAAAAGCACGAGGGCGGCAAGAAGAAGGGCCACAAGAAGCACCAUGGUCACUACAAGAAAGGACACCACGACGAGGAUCACAAGAAAUACAAGAAGGGUCACAAGCACGCCGACAGCUACGAGGAAAAGAAGGAGCAUGGCGAGAAGGGCUCCAAGAAACAUGGCCAAAAGCACUACAAGAAAAAAGGCGGCAAGCAUUGAGGAAAAAGAAGAUUAGGGGAGCUAUCUACAUGACAAUCUUUUAUAACAAAUUUAUGGUGUGCAAAUCUGUGUUGCUAAAUAAAAUUUGGGAAAAGGUUCAAUAAGUUCCGUUUUUAUUUAUUUAUUACAGUGUUACGUACAUUCUCUUUAAAACGUUCAACAAAUAGUUGAGAUUAAUUGAGAUUUCUUGGAAAACAUAAAUAAGCUACAGAGAAAACCUAGGUAUUGAGAGUUGAUGUUGUAUUUUAUAUAUUCGUUUUUCUAGUUUACUUUUCUUUCUUGCAAAAUAAGAAUAAUUUUCUUUUAAAAACAAAAAAACAACUAUGUUUUCCUAAAAGAAAUCAUGACUUAAUCCCCGGGAUUUCAGGGAAAUGGAGUAAAAAAUAAAAUAAAUAACUUAAUUUUAAGUUUUCCC